AGUUCUGUAGUCUGCCAUUUAUUAUACUGUUUAACACGUCCAAAUGUAUUUUGCUGGGGCAACCCUGGUUAAAGUAAACUUGUAUAAAGUGACCUUUACCAACGGGAUUCUACUGACCCCUGGGUGUCUGUAGUGUUGAUUACAGUUGUAUUUUGGUCGGCCAAUUACAUAACGACGUCAACUUCCCCUUUAAAAUUUUCAACCCGAAGUUGGCGCUCGAUGCGGCGCGCAAACUCAAACGACACUGGAGUUUGUUGUCAGAAACGUCGACUUCUAUAGCGUUUGUAAGCAGCAGGUGAUAUAGCAAAAAAUAAUAAUCAAACGACACUGUUUUAUGAAAAAUAAUUAGCUAAUUAUAACUCGUCUGGGAACUUUGGAUAUAAGGAAACAUUUUAAUGACCGACAGUUUGCUUAUCGUGCGUAUUGAGCGCUAGGUAACGACGUCUUAACGAUGUGGAUAAUGAGUUGGCCUUGGUAACCAAGCAGCUGACAAACCACCCAGUGAAUUUGUAAACAAUGCCUUGUGUUGCACAUCAAGUUAUUAUGAUCUAUUUGUGCUGAACGUUACUGUAUUUGAGAACAGUUUGCUAGCUUACAAGGCAGUUGAGCUAGUUAUUUUAUGAGAGAGUUGUGCUUGUCCAUCACCUGAAGAUGACUUCCGCAUUGGAUGACCCAACCCUGGAGAGGCACUUCAAGGGCCACAGAGACACCAUAACAAGCGUUGACUUCAACUGUAACAUGAAACAAAUUGCGACCGGCUCCAUGGACUCCUGUCUCAUGAUCUGGAACUUGAAGCCCCAAAUGAGAGCCUAUCGGUUCGUGGGGCAUAAAGACGCUGUGACGUCAGUCCAGUUCUCUCCCUCCGGACACCUGGUGGCCUCAGCUUCCAGGGACAAGACUGUCCGCCUCUGGGUGCCAAGUGUUAAGGGCGAGUCCACGGCGUUCCGAGCCCACACCGGAACGGUGCGUAGUGUCAGCUUCUCCGGUGAUGGACAGACCUUGGUCACCGCGUCCGAUGACAAAACUCUCAAAGUCUGGACCGUUCACCGACAGAAGUUCCUUUUCUCUCUCAACCAACACAUCAACUGGGUCCGCUGUGCCAAGUUUUCACCAGACGGCAGGUUGAUAGUAUCGGCCAGUGACGACAAGAGCAUUAAGAUCUGGGACAAGACGAGUCAGGAGUGUAUCCACUCAUUCUAUGAACAUGGAGGGUAUAAAGGCUUAAUCUGUAUACAGUAUGUGAACUAUGCCGACUUCCAUCCCAGUGGAACAUGCAUUGCUGCUGCUUGCACAGACAACACUGUCAAGGUCUGGGACAUCAGGACCAACAAAUUACUGCAGCAUUACCAAGUUCACAGCGGAGUGGUGAACGGUCUCUCCUUCCAUCCAUCUGGUAACUACCUGAUAACAGCCUCUAAUGACUCCACUAUGAAGAUACUGGACCUGCUGGAGGGACGGCUGCUCUACACACUGCACGGACACCAGGGCCCAGUCACAUGUGUCACGUUCUCCAGGACCGGAGACUACUUUGCCUCAGGAGGAUCUGAUGAACAGGCUAUGGUGUGGAAGACUAAUUUUAAAUCAACUGACUACGGAGAAGUUCUACAGCAGACGGAGACCUGCGUCGACCUUGGAGGAGGAGGAGGAGCAUCUGCAGGAGGAAGAGGAGCUGCAGGAGGAGGAGGAGCUGCAGGAGGAGGAGGAGCAGCUGCAGGAGGAGGAGGUACAGGAGGAGGAGCAGCUUUCCCUGGAGACUCCAGGAAGUCCUUGCACCAUAGGCAGGAGUCGUCUGAGUCAGAGCUGUGUAACGGCCAGGGGCGGGGCUUACGUACGGAGGUGAGGAGUAGGAGUGGCAGCGUCACCCGGAGCCUGUCUUCCAGACCCACCCAGACCUCCAGGGCCCCCAGAGCCAGGCCCCCCACUGUCGAGCUGACACGCACCGAGCCUCCGCCCCAGACAGAAGGCAUGGUGCCUGCUGGUCUGGCCAGCACCCUGGAACACAUAGUGGCUCAACUAGAUGUUCUCACACAGACUGUGGCCAUCCUUGAACAGAGGCUGACUCUGACAGAGGACAAGCUGAAGGAGUGUAUUGACAACCAGCAUCAGAUCAACCUGCAACUCCACCGCAGGGAAUCAGACCUCCAACCAAGGGAUUAACACCCAAUUAGACCUCCACACCACCAGACCUCCACACCUCCAGACCUCCACACCACCAGAUCCCCACACCUCCAGACCACCAGACAAGACCUCCAGGCCAGGGACUGACACCAGAGACUAAUCCUAGCCCCGACUCCCCUAGGCAGGGGAAAAGCCCAGGUGGCACCCAGACCACUGACUCCUCUCCAUAGAGGGGGAGGAAGAGAGAGUGCAUUCGGAAAGUAUUCAGACCCCUUGAUCUUUGUCCCUCGUCGAUCUACACACAAUACCCCAUAAUGACAAUGCAGAAACAGGACUUUAGAUAUUUUUUGCAUUAAAAUGUUUGUUUUUUUUAAAUAAAAAAACUGAAAUAUCACAUUUACAUAAGUAUUCUCUUCUCAAAUACAAAAGCCUGCUGUUAAUUGAACCCACCCAUCCCGGAUUUUGAAAUUAUGCUUUACAGCGAAAACAAUACAAGCGUUUGUGUAAGUUUAUCGAUAUACUAGCAAAACAUUAUGUACACCUAGCGGGAGGUAACUUGGUCACGAAAAUCAGAAAAGCAAUCAAAUGAAUCGUUUACCUUUGAUGAGCUUCGGAUGUUUUCACUCACGAGACUCCCAGUUAUCUUGUUAUGGCAAGGAGUUCCCUAAAGAGAACACAUUCUACCCAUCGUGUCCGAUUUUUAAAAUGUUUUACAGCGAAAACACAACAUAUAUUUAUGUUAGAUGACCACCAUUUUCAAAAACACACAGCCAUUUUUCAGUCACAAAAGCAGAAAUAUAGAUUAAAUUAAUCACUAACCUUUGAUUAUCUCCAUCAGAUGACACUCAUAGGACAUCAUGUUAUACAUGUAUUGUGUGUUUUGUUCAAUAAUGUGCAUAUAUAUAUAUAUAUAUAUA